GCGGAGGGCUGGUCUCUCUCUUUCUCUCUCUCUCUUUCCCUCCCUCCUUUCCUUCCUCCCUUCUUUCCUUCCUUCCCCGCCUCAUCUCCACUCAGGAGGAGGAGGAGAAGGAGGAGAAGGCGGAGGAGAGGCCAGCUGGGUCGCCUUCCUCUUGCCUGCCUCGCCUUCCCUUCCCUUCCUUUCCAGCGUCGCCUUCUCCUCCUCCUUUUUGGCGUUCCCUCCUUCCCCUUCUCCUUCUUUUCGGGAGACGGACAGAGACAGAGAGAGAGAGAGACAGAGAGAGAGAGAGAGAGAGAGGACCCACUCCUGCGGAGACCUUCCUUCCUUCCUGAGGAACCCACUGCGGAGGAAAAGGAAGAGGAGGAGAGGGAGCCCCCAACUCUCCCCGAAGGAAAGGAAGAAGGAGGAAGGGAGGGAAAGAGGAGGAGGAAGGGAGCCCCUUCCCAGCCCUUCCCUCUCCCUCUCUCUUUCCCUCCUUCUUCCCCCUUGCCCCCCCGAGGGGAUGGUGGAGGCGCCCCGGGGGCACGGAGGCGGGCGGGGGCUCCUCCUGGGGCCGGGCAAGGCGCCUUCCUCCUCCUCCUCCUCCUCUUCUUCCUUCCCUUCUUCCUCCGACUCCCGCCGCCGCGAGGAUGGGCCCCUGGGCUCCCGGCGUCUGGCUCGUCGUCAGCCUGGGCUCCUUGGCCCUCGCUUUCGCCCAGGAAGCUGAAAUCCCGCAAGAGGUGAUUGAGCGCCUGGCUCACAGCGAAAUCCACAGCAUCCGUGACCUGCAGCGCCUCCUGGAGAUUGACUCCGUAGGAUAUGACGAUAUUUCGGAGACAAACUUGAUAUCUCACAGCGUUCAUUCUGCCAAGCACGUGCAAGAAAACCACCCCAGGCCCAUCCGCAGGAAAAGAAGCGUUGAGGAAGCGAUUCCUGCGGUCUGCAAAACACGAACAGUUAUCUAUGAGAUCCCGCGGAGUCAGAUCGACCCGACGUCUGCGAACUUUCUGAUCUGGCCGCCGUGCGUGGAGGUGAAGCGCUGCACGGGCUGCUGCAACACCAGCAGUGUGAAAUGCCAGCCCUCGAGGAUACACCACAGAAACGUUAAGGUGGCAAAAGUGGAAUAUGUUAGGAAAAAGCCAAAAUUAAAAGAAGUCCUGGUAAAGCUAGAAGAGCAUAUGGAGUGCACCUGUACGUCGUCAAAUUCUCAUUCAGAUUUUCGAGAAGAAGAAACUGACGUAAGGUGAAAGUAAGCUCGAAGACGUUUUCUCUCUGGGACAUGGAUGUACAUGGUUUGCUACAUUCCUGAACCUACUGUGUAUGGUGCUUCAUUGACUGUAUACUUCGUUGGUUCUCCUCCCCGGGAGAACCCAAAAGACAAACUGGCUUAACAUAAACAAAC